GAUGCGACUGAGUCAGCAAGGGCUUGGCACAGAACACACACAAAGGAAUUACCACACGCAAAACAUACGAGUAGCUGACUGGGAUGAGUGGAGAACAACAGAAAAGAAAAGGUUCUAGAGAAAGACAACUAAAAAGAUACAUUGGGCAGACUUUUUAAUGACUGCCAAGGCAGAAUAUCACUGCUGUCACUGUGCUGGAUCUCAUCUUUCAAAGUUCCCCUCCUGGCUACGUUCGUGUCGCUCCGAGGUCAGAGCUGAUUGACCAAAUACCUCAUUAUAACUUGAGACCAAAACUUCUAGCCAUCGCUGUGCGGUUAACUAUCACCACCAUCUUAUUGCUUCCUUCACAAUGGACACUUGGCGGAGAGGCUCCAUCAGAUCCUCAGGUUUUUUCAAGCGCCUCUCAUUCAGAAGGCCAAGGAAACUUGGCAGUCAAGUCAUCGUCCUAAAUCAUGACAGUCAAACAAUAGACUGUUCUGGACAUUACAAUCAAAAGGAGCUCCGAAGGGACUUGAAGAAGAAGUCAGCCUACUUAUCAUGCCAGAGCGAGCAAAACUUAGCCACAAAGCCACAGCCGCCUCCAAAGCCUCCCCGGCUGUAUUUGGACAGUGCCAGCUGCCCCAAUAUAAUAGACCGCACAGAUUCCUCUUCUGCAAACCUUUCCUUUCCAAUCACCUUUCAUCACUCCCAUAAGUCAACUCAAACAUCACCUGACCUAAUUUGCACAAAUCAAGACACAACCUGGUACCCCUCAGAAACCUCUUCUUGGCUUGGUAAAUCUUUUCUAGAUCCAUCAGAUCCCUUCUUUUCCUUCACGCUGGAUUUUGGGCCCUCACUCCUUGAUGAUGUUUUGCAUACACUCAGGAAACAAAAUUUGCUAAAUUCCAGCUAAACCAGAGGAAAGUACCUUAUCGGACUACUGGCUAUUCCUCACUAACCUGCAUUUUGUCCUUUAUUUCUCAUUGAGAUCUUAUAGGACACUAGCAGAAGACUGCUCCAUAAGCUAGACAUCACAGGUACUGCUUCUGUUCUUCUUUCUUUUCCAAGACUCCCCUAUUGUGUUGGAGUACUUCGUUUUCAUGGACAGGCCAAAGGUUUGCUACAUUUGAACUGUAUCAGAACUCCAAAACAAAGGCGCAUGAGCAAAAAAGUGGGUGGUGUGGCACAAGGCAAUGUGCUAUAAGAACAGAGAGGUUUCUUUGGAUACUCUCAGCAGUCUCAAGUUUCUCAUGGCUUCAGUUCAUAGGGACUAUUUCAAAGGCUGAAGGUUUCAUGAAGAGAAAAAGCAGGAUAUAAAUAAACAUAAUAAUAAUGAAGGUGAGAGCCUAGAAGUGUGCUUAAUUAAGUGAAGACAAUGAAUAUGAAGAUUUGCUUCCCUUACAUCAAGACAUAUUUUUUCACAUUCAUUUUGAUUAAUUGAUAUGUUUAAGCUAUUGGAAAGUUUUACCAUGAAGCCUUAUUGUUAUGUUUUGUAUUUAUCACUGGGUAUGUGUGUGUAUGUGAAUGCAGAAGAAGUACUUCUGCCAGCUACUGUAAAAUGUGAAAGAGUGUGUAGUCUUUAUUAAAAGUAUUUACAUUA